AUGAGCACUACGCGAUUCGGUGAGGCUUCCGAAGCUACUAUUAACGUGGCUAUCGAUCAAGUGACGCCAAUAAAUACUAAGAAAUCGAAUGGUUACGUAUGGAAGCAGUUUCAUGAAUUUUGCGGACAACGAGGUUACGAAUUAACAAGAACGACGCCCACCACAAAACUUGCCCUAAUUAUGAAGGAUUGGGGGUACAACAUGAAACAGAAGAAUGGAGAAGACUAUAAGGAAUCGGUGAUAAAAACAAUGUGGAACGUGACCGCCAAGCAGCUUCAAAAAUUGUAUUUUCAAGAAUUCGGUGUAAGGUUUGAUCCAUUUUCUGACGUGGAGUUUAAACAAAGUCGCGCCGCCCGAGACGCUAAAAGACGUGAACUGCAGAAGCUACCUGAAAAACGGAAGUGCAGCUCAUCUGCCCUGAGUGAUGCGGAAUAUAAAGAUAUUGUUUCAAAGCUCGACGAGGAUACACCUGACGGUUUGGAACGAAAAUUCUACUACAUUGCUAGCUAUGAACUGGCUUGGCGAGGAGGGGAAGCCGCAGUUGCUGAGGUGAAUUUUUUCCACGACGAGGUAAGCAAUUCCAGCGUCUGGUCCGGAAGAAUAGAAUACAACCCAGUAUUUAGUAAGACUGCACAAGGUGGAGGUCGGAAACUAGCAGACAGCAAAUGGCUGGUAGCUAACACGGAGAAGUCGGAAUUUUGUCCUGUGAGGUUAUUCAAGAAGCUCCUGAGUAAGAGAGGACCAAAUGUUACUACAAACAGGCUGUUCCUGACUCCCAAACCCACUAUGGAGGGAUCCUUCUUCCGUUGGCUGGUACAAAAAUUCUCCUGUUGGAAAAAAUCAAAUAGGGAAAUGGACGAAAUCUGAUGCGAAACAAAUCGGCGUUGAUACAACAAUAACGAAAAUCACCAAUCACUCUUUGAGAUCCUCAGCAGUCUCCCAUUUGGCAAGAGAGGGUGUUGGCGAAGAGCAGUUAAUAAAGAUUACUGGACAUGCGAGCACAGCUUCCAUUAAGCCCUACCUCCAGCUGGAUUCAUGUCAUCAUGCUAAAAUAAUAGGAAAAAUGAGGAAUGAAGCAUCAUCGUCCACUUAUUCUUCAACUUUAAUUACAAGUUCCAGCUCAUCGAGCUCCUCAACAAAUCUU